CUUCCUCGUUACUCAAGGAAGAGUAUUCGCGGGGUUGGGGUUUCGGCGUCAAAGUCUUUGCCAGGAAGAGGCUGUGCGAUGGACGACGAGAAAUCGACGAUGCCGAUGGGGAAUCGAGAGCGGGAUCGGGAGCUUCUCAUCAUCCCCGUCGUCGAUGACGAAGCCGAUGACAAGGCUUCGUCCUCCGCCUCCCCCGCUCGCCUCCACCAUCCGCACCACUCUGGUAGAGAGGCAUUCUAUAAAGUAAUACGUAGUUGGGCUUCAAAAAAAUUCAUGACCGGAUGUGUGAUCCUCUUUCCAAUUGCAAUCACCUUCUACAUCACAUGGUGGUUUAUUCAUUUCGUUGAUGGAUUUUUUUCUCCGAUCUAUGCUCAACUUGGGAUAAACAUAUUUGGACUUGGCUUUGUGACUUCCGUAACAUUCAUCUUCUUGGUUGGAGUGUUCAUGUCUUCAUGGCUGGGAGCUUCUGUUCUUAGUCUUGGUGAAUGGUUUAUCAAGAGAAUGCCAUUUAUUCGUCAUAUCUACAAUGCCUCUAAGCAGAUUAGUUCUGCUGUAUCGCCUGAUCAAAAUAAGCAAGCUUUCAAGGAAGUUGUAAUUAUUAGACACCCAAGAGUUGGUGAAUAUGCUUUUGGAUUCAUCACCUCCACUGUUAUCCUUCAGAGUUAUUCUGGCGAAGAGGAACUCUGCUGCGUCUAUGUACCAACCAACCAUCUUUACAUUGGCGACAUUUUUUUAGUGAACACAACUGAUGUCAUUAGACCAAAUCUUUCUGUUAGCGAAGGAAUUGAAAUUGUUGUUUCGGGUGGCAUGUCGAUGCCGCAAAUUCUCUCAACCUUGGGUCCACAUACAGCACAUAAAAGAGCAAGAUCCAGCAUAAUUUACACUUAGUUGUAGCAAUACGUCUGAGUUGAUUUCUUUUGUAUUCUUGUUUCUUUGUUUUUUGAAAAAAAAAAAAAAAGGUUUUUCUUAACUUGUAGCUGUUUUGGCUAUAAGCAUACUUCUUUUAGUUUCAUUUUUUUUUAUUGUAAAUAGGUCAUUGAAAUUUGGUAGAAUUCUGCACGCGUGCCGAUUGACCUCAAUUUCCAGUUUUGCCAAUUUAGAUUCACUAACAUUGUAAUUUAUGACAGUCAACUAUUUCAUUUCUGGUACUUAUGCAUUGUAAAAUUCUUUUUCACCAAACAAUUUGUUCACCAAUAUGUUC